AUGCUGCCAUCGCAGGUUACUGCGCCAGAGCCAUCGUAUGCUGUUGAACAGACGCAGAUGGUGCCCAGUCAAAUCCAGAGAGCGAUGUCAAUUGCUUCAUCGUCGCAUUACGGAACGCCACAAGAGAGCCCGGAGCUGCUACGGUACCAACCCGUCGCAAGCUCUGCGCGUAAGCGCAGUCACCAGUCUGAUUAUUCGACGUACGACUACCAGGGAUUGCAACAACUUCAAGCUCACGCUGCUGGUUUGGGAAGCAGUCAAGUACCAGUCGAGCUCACGCCUCAUGGCCGUCACGCUCAACUGCAGCCUGGCGCAUCUGCGUACUAUCUCCCAUCACAACGUGCCUCGCCUGCACAGCAAGGUUAUGCUACGCAGCAACAGCAACCUCAGCCGACACCGCAGGCGUUCCAGUCAAUGCAGCCUCGGACACAUCAUCAUCACAGACUACCGAAUCAGCCGCCGCCGUCGAAGUCGCAACGCACGGGCGAAUCAUCAGAACAUGGUCCGCCUAGCGUCGUCGGUCAAGCUGGGAUGCCAACGCCAAGACCCAACCCGCGCGGGCCAAAGCUCAAGUUCACCGCCGAGGACGACGCACUGCUCAUCGAGCUCAAGGAGACGAAGAAUCUCACUUGGAAGCAGAUUGCCGACUUCUUCCCAGGCCGCAGCUCCGGUACGCUGCAAGUCCGGUACUGCACGAAGCUCAAGGCCAAGACGACUGCCUGGAGCGAAGAAAUGGUACGUGACACUGCCAGUAACGCAGAGUCGGAGGGUGCGGUCGAAGACGAACCUUGA